CGGGUGCGGCGCAGCGGCGGGCGCGGGUCUGGCGGCGGCCGGUGUCAAGGGUUGUUUUUCCAGUAAUUUGGACCUUUUUGAAGCACCUGCUUGCCUAAUGCCAUGAAUAUUGCAGUGAACAAUGAGGAAGAAAAAGCUGUCCAUUCCUGGUCAAGAAUUUCCUCUGCAGGACAUAAAGUGCUGGAGGAAGCCCUCCGAGUCUUCAACCCAAUGUCCAAGGACCUAUCGGACACAGAGACCCAGCUGGUGGCCUUCAUCCAAGGCCUGAAGGAGGAGGGCUACCAGCCCACGAUUCUGAGGAGUAAGGAUGUGUACGGGUAUAGCUCGUGCACAGCGGUCACACCCAGUCAGACGGAAGAAAACACACGACGCAACUGCGCCAGCACCACUGAGUCCACUCAGAGUCCAGCCAGGAACUCAGUGGCAAAAGUGGCUCCUUCGCCCACCAGCAUUCCAGUGAGCUCUUUGAAAGUCUCUGGUCAGCCAGUCUCCAAAGGGGAUUCCACAAAUCUCCUCUUGAGCUCCUUGAAGCAGACAGGAUCUGGCACAUCCAAGGCAGCAGCGGUGGGCUUCCCUACAAGCAUGUAUCCUGACGUGUAUCCAGCCAUGAGACUGUCGGUGGUUCUGGAAGCCCUGGUGCCACUGAAAACCGCAACGUCCUGUUUGGAGUCCAAGUACACACAAGGGCGUCUUGGGAUCUCACCCUCCGACCUUAAACUCCUCAAGACUUCAAGUCCACCGAGGCAGUUUUCUUCAGGCAAGAGCACUAAAAUACCUGAAGGAAAGGGGUACAAGUACUUGGUCAAGAAAGCACCAGAUUCUGCCACCCGCGCUUUGAACGUUCUGAAGGGACCAAAGGGUGGAGUGCUGCAGGAGAGCAAUGCCUGCAAAGCCUCAGGAGUUCUCAACGGGAGAGUCACAGGCAGCUCAUCCCAGGGCUGCACCACAGCGCCACAGCCCAAGACCUUGAAAAUCAAAAAUAAGGAAGCUUUGGUGGGAAAAACAGAGUGGAAGGACAGCAGCACUUACCGGGAGAGUACUGGGCAGAAGAAGAGAAGAGCUACAGAGGCAAGAGAAGCACCACAAAGGAAAAAAGCAAAUACCAUUCCUGUCCGAAAGAAAACUCGACAGGCUCAGAGCACUUUGAACCUGCUGAAAUUCCGGACCAUCAAGGUGGGCAGCUCUUCCUCUGAUGAUGAAGUGAGGAGGAGAGCACAGAAGAUUCUUAGGGUCAACCUGUCCCCUGUGAUCCGAAUUCAGCCCUUGUCCCAUUCUCAUAGUGUGCCCUGAGUUUCUUCACUUUGUCACUUUUUUUUGUAAGUAAGUAAAUACAAGCCUGGCACCAGAGCGCAGAGAGGUUUAGGAAUGACUCUGUGUCUCUGGUGCCAAUAUGCCGACUAACCUGCAGACAGAGCAGCCCACUCUUGUGCUGUUCCUGCCUGUCUGCCACUGCUGUGCAGAACUGGCUGCAGAAAUCCAAACUCCUGUGUGGGAGCACGGGACGGUGACUCUGGCCAGCAUCGAGCUGAGCAGGCUGGAGGGCUCACUUCCCACCAGGCUCCCUGAACGUGGCAGGCUGUGCUCUUGUGCAGGGGAGAACACAAGACUUUCUCAUGACAUUGAUGCACUGUGAUACUGCUCUUUUUCAAGCUGUACAUUUACUGGUUUUAUUUUGAUCAAAUUUUAUAACUUUAUUAUCUAUAUAUCUAUAUAUCCAUAUAUGUUCUUAUGACCCAGGAGCUGUGGGAAGAUGCACUUCCUUCAUCCCUCUGGGAUUGGGUUUGAUAGCUUUUGUUCCUCCUUCCCUUCAGCUAGUCAUUUGUUGAAAGGUGCCGGGGUUCCUUUGUGGUUCAGUGUUGUGACAGUCUGUCCUGGGUUCCCUUGAGCAGCUCGGAGGCAGCAGCGUUGUAGCCACUUGUUUGUCUCCAGAAUGCCAAACAAUUUGGAGAAUUACCAGCUGGUAGUUUUAAUCCUAUUUUCGGUAUUACCUCUGCAUAACGGUGGGGGCGUGUCACAGGGCUGCAAGUCUGUCUGACGUCUCUAGGUGCCUCCUCCCUUUGUGGGUAGCAGAAGUUCUGAACUCAUGGUAAGGAUUUGCCUCCGAAGAGGAUUCCUCCUCAGCGCCCAGCAUUACUCUGCUCUCCUAUACACCAGGUGCAGCUAUGGAUUAUGAACUGUGACUGUUAGAGCCAAAGGGCUGGAAUUGUUAGCAGGAAUUGUGUAGUGUCCUGCCCACCACGUAACUGCUUUGCUGUUGCUGGGUGUUCCAGGAGCAGAUUCCAGGUGCUGGUAGAGAAGACUGUUGGUUUUGGCUGGAGUUAAACCACGACAGAGACACAGGCUGUGUUUGAAUGUAUUAGCUACAUCCUGCCAGUCCCAAAGCUCAGUGGGAUAUUUGAGCCUGAGUUAAAGCAGGAAAGCGAAAAAUUUGGGAGGACAUAUACCAGCACUUAAACACAGAGAGUCGCUUUCUGUGGUUUGUGGGGAUGAUGCAGUAGGAGGGGAGAUGGGCACCAUGUUGUGGUGGUUGGCAGCCUUGCUGUGCCAUCAGAGAUGUUGUGAGAAGGUGUGUGGCAGGUGUGAGAGCUCUGUGUGGAAGGAGUGCAGGCUCUGCCCGUCCCCAGGAGGCACUGCAGAACCACUGCAGACGGCUGCUGUCACCUCCCUGCACCGGGGGCACGCUGUCGGAUGGGAAAACGGGUCUGCACUCCACAGGGAGGGAUCUACUAAUCCCAGGAGAAACACCUCAUUUAAUCAGCUAAUGCUGCUGCUGUCACCUGUAAGGGACAACCUGGUGUCCUGGGGAAAGGAAGAGGCAUUGGGCUGGGCAUGGGCCUGGCUCCAUGCACCACUGUGUGCUCAGAUCUCUGCAGCAGUAGUAUAAUCCACUCAUUCUCUCACCAGCUCAAAAUACCAGUUGUCUGACCUAGUAAUCUCUGUGGACAUUGGCUGAAGGGAUGAGCUCCCCAGGGAAGUCCCAGCUCCUUAUAUUUAAGCCCUGCCCCCCAAGCACCUGGUUGGAUUUUAGUGGUUUGUAAAAGGGGUCAGUGUCUGGUCCCUAGUGCAGAAAGGAAGACUGUGGUAUGGAGAGAAGAGAGGAUGUUCAUGAUGGGGUGUGAGGGCACAGAAGUUGAGCAUUCUGAGGUACAUCUAGUUCUCCUCUCACCCACAUCGAGCAGCGUGGAGGUUCUCCUUCACUGAGCAACCUGGUCUAGUGGAAGGUGUCCCUGCCCACGGCAGGGUGGUUGAAACAAGAUCUUUAAGAUCCCUUCCAAUCCAAACCAUUUUGUGAUUUUAUGAUUCAGGGGAUGAUUGCAAGCCCUGAACCCCACACUUGGGUUCUGAGUUGCUGUCAGAGAUCAUAACUUGCAGUGUUUGAGACUGACCUGUGAAUGCCGCUGCUUGGCUGCAGAGGACAAGGAAAUAUUUUCUUCUGCUUCUGUGUUUUAAAAUGCCCUGGCAGAGAGUUCCCUGUCCUGACCUGGUGCUGGAUGAACAGGGGCUCUCCAUCACUGUCAACUGGCCAAAAAUUGCUUUGUUCCUUUUGUUCCCACUCCUUCAGACCUUUCUCAUUCCCACGCUCUCAAAUGCCAGGUCUUGAAGUCCUGCACUGAUGUUUCUCUUUUGGGCUGUUUCCCGAGGAGGGCUCUGAACUCCUGCCUGCGGUAUUGCUGUCAGGCUGCUCAGCAGCUUCCCCUGUUCCCAGACCCUUAUAAGGGCACUGAGAGCUGUCUUUGGAGCCUCCUCAUGCAGCGCAGACGUCCCAGCUGAGCACUUGGCCUCCACUGGGAAAAACAACGUGCAUCAACAAAGCUGAAUUCAGGUCGAGGUCACUUUUCCUCCAGCCUGAGCGGGAAGCUGAGCACCUGAGGCCAACUUACCAGGCCACAUCCCUCUUCAUCGCUGUGUGUCUUCCCCCAGCUGCACUGCUGCCUGCCUCCCCACUCUUUUCCGUCACCUCUUGUCUUUCACAGCUUGGGUCUUUGCCAGUUAAGGACUUGGCUUGUACUGUUGCUUAACACAUCCAGCACAGCAUCCAGCCUUAAUGCUGCCAUGCCUUUCCCAGCACUGAGCUGAGUUCUGUGCAGACUUGGUAAUGACAGUUUGCCCUAUGUCCUCAGACCACCAGCAAAAGGUUUCUGCUCCACAGGGAGAGACAAGCUUUGGAAAUGCCUCUGUGUCACCGAGACUCCUGCCAGGGAAGUGAGCACUCCAUAGCUGUGUGCUCAGAGACUUGCCCAUCACCAGUCCGGUCUGUCAACUCUCCUGUGCAUCUCUUAACAGGCCACAGGGCCCUGAGCGACAGGGCAGCGCUGGACCUCCAUUCUCUGCCCUCCUGUUGUCUCUUCUUCCUCUUGCAGGUGCUUUGGGAACUUGACUGAAGGGGUUGCAGGUUGUUAUAGAGGGGCUCUACACCCCCUGUGCCAAUGCCAGCAACUGCUUCCCGUCAGUCAGUGCUGGCAGAGGGAGUGCCUCAGUCUGGUGCAGGUUGGCUCCACCGUCCUUCAACUCAUGGCCAGGUGUGGAUUCUGGUGUCCUGGGCAUGUCACACUGAUGUGCACAAGGCUGCAGAGGGGCUCUGCGUGGACGCUGCUCUGCUGUUUAGGGAAGAUGAAGGGUUUGAUCAAACCAGAGCUACCUAAAACUUGAUCUAACCAGAGAUCUCCCCCGCAGGUCCCUUUCAUCCUGUGUUACUCUGUGGCAGCAGAGUAACACUUACCUUCCAGGGAUCUCUGCAACAGUAACUGGCAGGGCCCAUAGAAAUGCAUUGCCCAAAGCGCUGUGGUCUCUGCUGAGCAUGUGGUAUGCACCUUGUUCAGACCUGUUUCUGUAUUAGUCACUUUGAAUUCAUCCAAGUGCCUAACCUGGCCUGUGUUGUUCUGGGCACUGUGACAGCCGAGAGCUUUGCGGACUCUCUUAGGAAUGCUUUUAAUGCAUGGAUUUGUGCCACUGUCACUUCUAGAAACGAUUCGGAUAGCGGUCAAAGGGCUGUUCUUCCAACUGAUUUUUUGGAAAUCAUUUCUCCUUUUAUUCAGCUGCCAAGAAGCAGUUUAUGCUUCCCCUCCACCAGAUAAGGUCCUUGAGCUUCCUGCAUGCUUCAGAUGUCUGUCAGCAAAGCCCAUGGGGAGAGUAGCUUGUCCGGCAGGCAGCUGAAGGGGAAGCUGACAUCA